AUGCUUCGCAACAUUAUUUCCAAACCUGUUAUUAACGUCAUGCAAUCCGCCACACGCACAUUCACUUCUAUCCCCACUCCUGCUCCCGUCGAGCAAAAGUCUAUCUUCCCCAAGAAAUAUGGAGGUAAAUACACUGUUACCAUGAUUCCUGGUGACGGUAUCGGUCAAGAAAUUGCCAUGUCAGUGAAGGAUGUUUUCAAGGCUGCCAAUGUUCCUGUCGAGUUCGAACAAUACGAUGUCUCUGGCAUGACCUCUGAAGACGACACAUUGUACCAAGAGUCUAUUGAGUCUCUUCGCCGUAACAAGGUUGGUAUCAAGGGUACCCUUUUCACACCCACCUCCAAACUCGGUCACAAGUCUUUCAACGUUGCCAUGCGUAAGGAUUUGGACAUGUAUGCUUCUCUCUCUCUUUGCAAGAACAUGCCCGGUGUUCCCUCUCGUUUGAGCAACGUCGACAUUGCCAUUAUCCGUGAAAACACAGAAGGUGAAUAUUCUGGUUUAGAACAUCAAUCUGUUCCCGGUGUUGUUGAGUCACUCAAGAUCAUUACCCGUGUCAAGACUGAGCGUAUCGCUCGUUUCGCUUUUGAUUUCGCCAUCAAGAACAACCGUAAGAAGGUUACCAUCGUUCACAAGGCCAACAUCAUGAAAUUGGCUGAUGGUCUCUUUUUGCGUACUUGUCGCGAGGUUGCCAAGGAAUACGAACAUCACGGACUCGAGGUGAAUGACAUGAUUGUUGAUAACACUGCCAUGCAACUUGUUUCUCGUCCUCAACAAUUCGAUGUGAUGGUCAUGCCCAACUUGUACGGUAACAUUGUCUCUAACGUGGGUGCUGGUUUGAUUGGCGGUCCUGGUUUAAUUCCCGGUUGUAACAUUGGUCGCGAAUACGCCAUGUUUGAGCCCGGAUGUCGUCAUGUCGCUCUUGAUAUCCAAGAUCAAAACUCUGCCAACCCCACCGCCAUGUUGCUUUCUAGUGUGAUGAUGUUGAGACAUUUGAACUUGGAUGAGUAUGCCAACAAAAUCUCUGCUGCUGUCUAUGAUACUAUCUCUUCUGGUUUAGCCAAGACUGUCGAUAUGGGUGGAAACAGCACUCUCAAGGAAUUCACUGCUGCCGUCAUUUCCAAAUUAUAAACUAGUUGUGGGAACAUCCACAAAAAAAAAAGCAUUUUAAACAGUAUAGAUUAUUUAUAGCAUAAAAAAAAACAAGAAAAACAAGAAAAACAUUAAAAAAGAUUUGUUUUAUAUAU